AACCUAUAGGUAAAAUAGUUGCGUGUUUUGGUGCAUGUCUGUAUGCUCUAUGUGCAGCCAGCAUCCUUUCUGACUUUUCCAUGACUUAGAACAUCAAGAAGUAUUGCAGAGAAAUCACUAAGUAGCCUAUAUAAAUAGCUUUGGCCACAUGACAGUGUGAGCGGGCGGAAGGACUCCGUGCUCUUCUGGCGCUCCAGGCGCGCAAGAGGAAGCAGCGCGUUUCCUCCUGUAGCUGCGCUCAGAGCUGCUGCUGCUGCUGCUGCUGGACCAGCAGAAACAGCUUUGAACCGGUUUGGUCGCCAGCUCCAAAGAAGAAAGACACGGAUGCAUGAUGCGCUAUCUUGGCACACGGGUGUCAGAUAUUCCAGCUCGGCAUUCAUCCGCGGACACGGCGCCGGCUUGUUGGUGUCAUUUGUAGUGAUUUUGUCAGACGGGAUUUAAAUAAGGAAACCCUCCUACAUGGGAAGUUCCCGUAGAGCGCGCAGCUCUGAAGGGUCUUGCUGCGGUUGUUAUAGAUGCUGAGGAGCCCCCGUCUCUGUCAAGGCUGUAGCGGAUCCCAGAGGGCAGCAGUAGCAUCAUCACCAUGGCUCCAUCUACCGGGGUGCUGGACGGCGGCUGGGGAUGGGUGAUUGUUGCGGCCUCCUUCAUGGCCCAGCUCCUGGCCUAUGGAUCACCCCAGUCAGUGGGCGUGCUGUACCCUGAGUGGCUGCAUGCCUUCCAGGAGAGCAAAGGCAUGACGGCCUGGGUGGGCUCCCUUGUGGCUGGAGUGGGACUGCUCGCUAGUCCUGUCUGCAGUGCCUGUGUAGACAACUUUGGGGCUCGUCCCGUGACAAUCUUCAGUGGGGUCAUGGUGGCGGGCGGCCUGAUGCUCAGUGCCUUUGCUCCGAAUGUCCAGUUCCUCAUCUUUUCCUAUGGGAUCGUGGUUGGCCUGGGUUGUGGCCUGGUCUACGCAGCCACGUUAACGAUCACCUGUCAGUAUUUUGACAAGCGACGUGGCCUUGCCCUCGGCAUUGUCACCACAGGCACAAGCGUUGGAGCGUUCAUCUAUGCCACCGCUCAGAACGAGCUGAUCGUGAUGUUCGGCCUGGGUGGCUGCCUGCUCAUCAUCGGAGCGAUAGCACUGAACCUCAUGGCCUGCGCAGGCUUCAUGAGGCCCCUUAACAUGCCGGGGUACUACCUCAAACAGAAGGCCGCUCUGGAAUGCAGCACAGAGGAGCAGCUUUUCGAGAAGCCUCCGCUGGAUGACCUGGCGGGUUCCACCUCGACCAGUUUGGAGAGAACUCUGACGGUGAAGGAGUUGCUCGUCACCAUCGAUGCCAAAGACAAAGCCGUUCAGACGGAGACGAAGAAAGGGGGCUUCCUGGCUGGGUUGACCAUCGUGAAAGUCAUCAAGAAUAAGCGGCAGGCUUACCGCGAGUACAUGCACUCCAUGUACGAGAUCCUGCAGGACCAAGUUAUGGUGGCCUUCUGUAUCGCUGUCUUCCUGUUCAGCCUUGGGGCGUUCCCUCCUGUGCUCUUCAUAGAGGAUGUGGCGCAGAGUGAAGGACUCAUUGAAGAAGUUAGUGUCUUUCCUCUGGUGUCAAUCGGGGCCAUUGCCAGUUGUGUGGGUAAACUGUUGCUGGGUAUGCUGGUGGACAUCAAGUGGAUUAACGGCAUCUAUCUGUAUGCCUUCACCAUGUUUGCUGGAGGUGUGGCGCUGCUUCUUAUCCCAAGCACUCAAACGUAUCUGGGACUGCAGAUUCUGACUGUGGCCCUGGGUUUCUUCUCUGGAAACUGGACUCUCACCUCCUACAUCACCACGAAUAUCGUCGGCUUGGACAAACUGACACAAGCCCACGGCAUCCUCAUGUUCUUCGGGGGAUUUGGGAUCAUGCUGGGACCCCCUGUUGUCGGGUGGUUCUUUGACUGGACUCAGUCAUAUGACUUGGCUUUCUACUUCAGUGGGGCCUGUGUGGAGUUGGGGGCACUCAUUCUCUUUCUGCUCAACCUUCCCUGCUGGAACAGGAAGCACUCGGAGAAAGACAGACCGGAUGUCCACUACACCAGCAACUGUGACAAAGUUGCCUCUCUAGCCUGAAUAUAAGCAACGUUCAGAAGGACUCAAAUCGAUCCCCUACCUUCCAGCAACUGUCCUCCGAUAGACUACAUACAAACACCUUCUGGGAGGAAUUUUCUUUCUUUGACUUAACAGGAAUUUUCUCCUCACUUCUGCUGCCAAGUUCUAAUAUACCAAAAUACUUGCCAGAGAUUUUGAAAUACAGGCCUUUUUCCUCACAUACCUUGCCUGCAUUUCUCAGGUUCAAACCAUAUACUGCAGAUAUUUUUUAAAGGUGUGUCUCUUAUGCCUGUAUUGAUUUUUAUUUUAUAUUCCCUCAUUUUACGAGGUCAACUGAACAAAAUUGUUCAACUCCCAAAUUAAAAAUUGUUGUCAUGUAAACACAGGUGUUCACUGUAGCUCUUAAAAGAAAGACAUGGUUCCGUUCAUAAUACCUGGGAGAAAAACGUUGAGUGUUAAUUUUACAUCACAAAAUUAGAAACCACUCUGCAAAUGCACAAUAAUCUCCCAGGAAUCUUACAGGAACGAGGGAGGGAGCGCUUUUUGAUAACUGUUAUUAUAGCAACACAUUUCUAUUUGUUUUUUGAUGUAUAUCUUAAUUACACUACUUUGUAUCUUUCCAAAGCAUAAAUGAUAGUCAAUGCCUGUCAACACAUAAUGCCUGUUGGAACAAUACAAAAGUCUUGCUUUAUAGAUAAUUUUUGAGUUCCACAUACCCUAGUUUGUAAAGUCCUAUGCGCUAGUGACUUUUAUAUGCACACCAUGGAGCUGUAUACACUGUUUUUGCUUGAGUUGAUUAUUGUGAUCAUGAUGUUAAUCAAUACAUUGAAAUAUGCUUUUAGAAUCACCUGAAUGUUGUGAAUUACACCACAACAAAUGUAUGUUUGAUAGCUCCGGUUUCAGGCAUCAGGGUAAAUUUGGGACAAUAGAGUGUGAUUAUUGUGUUAGAAGUAUUCACAUGGUGCAGAGGAAGUACAAUUACUUCUGACCUAGAAGAGACAUGUGUCUGUUUGUCACCCCUUAGCCACUCUUAUUUUGUAAGCCAAUAUCACAAUAUGUAUUGUUGUUUUACUACAUCAGUUUAUUUAAAAAGUGCCAAUAAAAGAUAUUUGGAUUAAUGACA